AUGGUUUUAGCUAAUAGGCAAUCUGGUACCCCUUUUCUUUCGGGCCAUGAGCUUAUUUAUAUUAAAUACUCGCUUAGGGUGCCUAAGUUGGCGACUAGAUCAAUCAGGUUUGUGAAUAUCGAUGAUAAAGUAACCUUGUUUAAUGAGCAUGUGCUUAGUACUCUUGACACCCAUGCCCCCUUUAAAACUUGUCGUCCUAAGCGUCAACCAGCUCCGUGGUUGUCUGAAGUUAUCCGUGACCGUAUUAAAGAACGGAACGUGUGUCUUAGGGCAUUCAAAAAAUCUGGUUCUGUGACUCUCUAUGGCGAGUUCAAGGCCGCUCGGAUUCGAGUUCAGUUGGAAAUUUGUGAAGCUAAAUCGGGCUAUUAUGAAGAUCUGUUUUCCGCCCUUACUACUCCUAAGUCUUUAUGGCGAGAAUUUAGGCAUCUUGGCCUCUGCAAGCAGCGUCAAGGUGUAGUCCAUGCUGACUUCACGACCCCUCAACUCAAUAGUCAUUUUGCUAGGAUUGCCAAUUCUGCCUGCCAUUGCACGCUCAGUCCAAUCGUACUCAAUCCCGAGUCCGCUUUCGACUCUGAGCGCUUCUACUUUAAACACAUCACUCCUACUUAUCUCGCAGAAUGUUUACUCUCCUCGAAAACUGAAGCCUGUGGUUGUGAUGGGAUUCCGGCAAGCUACUUACGUCUGGUUAUGCAAUCAUUGAUCCCUUUUGUGCUGGAAAUUUAUAAUUACUCGCUGACUUAUUCUUUCUUCCCCCUUGAGUGGAAGAAAGCGUCAAUUCAACAUAUCAAUAAGAUAAAAAAUCCAACCUCGCUUGACGACUUCCGUCCUAUAUCUAUUCUUUGUGCUCUCUGCAAGGGUAUUGAAAGGAUUCUUUACAUCGAGUUAACUGCUUAUUUGGAAAAGUGCUUGUUGGAUCCCUAUCAGUCUGGUUUUCGUCACGGGUACAGCAGUCAGUCUGCCUUAAUUAAACUAACGGAUGACGUUGAAAGAGCUAUUGAUAACCGGAUGAUGACUCUUAUUGUGCUAUUCGAUUUCCGAAAAGCUUUUGACACUGUCUGUCAUGCGAAGCUAUUAGAUAAAUUAAAAGCUCUUAACUGCUCAGCUUCGGUGGUUGAAUGGUUCAAGUCGUAUUUGAGUGAUCGACGUCAAGCGGUCAAGGGGUCAGAUGGGGAUUUAUCCUCAUGA